AUCUAGAGAAACAAAAAGAACCGUUAAAAUAGAGACGUUACUUUUCGCGGUUUCUUCUCAUUCAAACAUUCGAAAUUCGUCUAUCAAUCGACUAAGCUUAGCAUUCGAUUCCCGAGCGUUGCUUCGAAUCUCCUCCGUCCCGCACCUUCCGCUUUCGAUUCCCUCCUUCGUUUUCCUGCUGCCUCAUUCACAUUUCAAGUUUUGUUUCUUUCCUUAAUAGAGCACCAAACACACUCUGAUUCCGCUUCGUAAUUAAUGUAUUCUUUGGAAUUAAAUGAGUUUCUUGCCUUUCUCGAAAUGCGUUGUUCUCGUCUUUGCACUUUCAGUUUUCGUCUAUCACUGCUAUCACGGGGAUCAGUAGCACAGUUUAGCAUUUUCUUACUUGGAAAUUCUUUAUUUCGUUUGAACUUUUCACUUGCCCUUUCAAUUCUGGGGCCGAGUUCUUUAUUUAUUUUGUCUGUCUUUUGUUGGUUGCUAAUUUUUUCAGGGAAUCAGUCGGCACACGACCUCAAGUUCUUGGUCUUUGGUAAUUUCUGAACUUGAACUUGAUCUGGGAAUGACUCGUACGAUCGCUAAGUAAACAGCAAAUUUCUUCCUCUUUUUUUUCUUUUUUGGGUUUCUCAAUAGAUUCAGUAUGUCUAAAUCGACGGAAAAAUUAAGGGAAAUUGAUAUUUCAGCCGGUGUGGGGAGGAGUAAACAGUCAUCGAAUUAUGAGAAUACUAGUUCUGCUAAAGGGAAGGCUAUAUCUAUCUAUCCUCCUAUAGAAGGGCAUUUGAGUUCAACUCCUCAGGAGUACAACAAAUUUUCAUUCUCAAACAUAAGUUAUAAGUUACGAAGCAGUUUUCGGGGUUCAAUGAAGAGAACUAGAAGCAGUGAAAAUUUGGAAGCAGUUCCUGAAGGAGCUCUUAAUCCAAGAGAUGAUCAAAUUGUUCAGUCCUUCCGUGAAUUGCUUUUUGUUGAGGGCCAUCUUCCAGGGAAACACGGAGAUGAUCACACCCUCUUACGAUUUUUGAAAAUGAGGGACUAUGAUCUGGUGAAGGCAAAAGAUAUGUUUUUAAAGUACCUUAAGUGGCGGGAAGAAUUUCAAGUUGACAAGAUUGUAAAGGAAUUUAAGUUUGAAGAAUACAGAGAGGUUAAGAAAUGCUAUCCACAUGGAUAUCAUGGAGUUGAUAAGUAUGGUAGACCACUAUACGUAGAAAGGACUGGAAUGGUAGACCUUAACACCUUCUUGAGAGUGACCACUAUUGACAGGUUUGUGAAGCACCAUGUGUCUGAACAAGAGAAAACUUUGCACUGGAGAUGCCCUGCAUGUUCAGUUGCAGCAAGAAAGCAUAUAGCUUCCACCACCAGCAUCUUAGACGUGAAGGAUGUGGGACUUGCUAAUUUCUCAAAGCCUGCAAGGCAGCUCUUCACGGAGAUUCAAAAGAUUGACAGCAAUUAUUACCCUGAGACACUGCAUCGACUUUUUAUUGUCAAUGCCGGAUCUGGUUUUAGGGCCCUCUGGAGAGCACUCAAGGCUUUUCUUGAUCCACGGACAUUAGCAAAGAUUCAAGUGCUUGGCAGCAACUACCGAAGUAUUCUGGUUGAACAUAUUGAUCCAAGCAACUUGCCAAGCUUCCUGGGCGGAAACUGCACGUGUUCUGACUAUGGUGGCUGCCUGUUGAGUGAUAAAGGACCCUGGAAUGAUCCUGAAAUUACAGAAAUACUUAGGGCACAGCUUGACACUACAGAGGAUAAUGAUAAUGGUGGAAGGAAUGGUACGGGUUCCAAAGAAGAUUUGGUCUCCAAUACAGAAAAUGUCCCGAUCAAAGAUAACUAUGAUCUAUCUCCGGUAAAAGAUGAAUAUCUCAGCUUCAGGGAAAUGACAGUUGCUAAUAGGUCUAUGUCACAAAAAUUCCAGGAUUUUGAAGCGGCAGCAAAAGACGUCGAGACAAAAACCAAGGCAUUGGAAUAUGCUUUUGAGGACACCAAGGCUGCCUUGCAAGGACUGAUAUUGCUUGUGGAAGAGCUGAAAAGAUGAACUUAUAUUGCCCAUGGAGAUCUAAGCUGACUAUCCUGUCUUUAUCGUUUCUUUUCCCAUGAUUCUUUCAAACUUCAUUGUAUAGUCUGUUAUAAGGUCGAUGAACAUCUCAUUGGAGCUGAGAGCAUUCUCAAAAUUGUCUUGCCAUUCCCCUAAACUUCAGGUGUCGCGUACAUUCAUAAGAUUCACUCACACUCACUUCUAUAAAAUGGGUAUUCCGGGCCUUUUCAGUUAAUAAUGCACAUAACCGUCAAUUAUUACCCCUGGAAAAUGUUAAGGAAAACACCAUUGUUUCUGAAUCUGGCUACCUUUCCGGCUUUUUAGAGCCAUAAAUUUGGCUAAUUAAUGAACGCUGGUUGUGAAAAAAAAGGGUGGCUUAAAACCCCGGUCAUGUCAUAUGUUUGUUUUCUUUUGCUUUGUAGUUAACAUAUCUAUAGAAUAUCAUGUAGCUGCCUUUAUAUAUAAUCUAGAAAAUGUCUUACUAGUUACACUGUAAUUUCUAUUUCAGGUAUGCUCGAAGAGAAAGAUGACAUGGUUAUACUGCGAAAUGAAUUAUAUUUAUGCAUGUUUCUGUUGAAUGAUGUAUUUUUUAUUUUCUAUUUCUACACACACACACACACACACAUGUUUCUAGAU